AUGCGUCCAUUAACAGAAGACGAGACCAAGACUUUCUUCAAUAAGCUAGCUAAAUUCUUAGGAUCAAACAUUAAGUUCUUGAUUGAUAGAGAGGAUGGUGAAUUUGUAUUCAGACUUCAUCAUAAUAAAGUCUUCUAUAUUGAUGCUUAAGUCUUAAAGAUGGCCUCACAUAUUGGAAGAGACGAAUUAAUAGCUGCAGGAACAUGCUUUGGAAAAUUCACUAAAACUGGAAAGUUCAAGCUCUAGAUUACAUGCCUUGACUAUUUAGCUAAGUAUGCAAAGUAUAAAGUGUGGGUUAAACCUAACGGAGAAUAAACAUUCCUCUACGGUAAUCACGUUCUCAAGGGACAUCUCGCUCGUAUUACAGAAAACACUCCUUCCAACACUGGAGUUGUCAUUUACUCAAUCUCAGAUAUACCAUUAGGCUUUGGAAUGUGCAUGAAAACUACAGCAUAAUGCAGAGAUCUUGAUCCCACUCAUGUAGUAGUCAUUAAUCAAGCUGAUGUUGGUGAGUACUUGAGAUGUUUGAUCUGGAAAAAAGAGAUAGUUGCUAAGUUUGUUGUAAAUGGUCCGAUAAAUCAAAAGCUUACACAGAAGCUAAUGGCAGAUGUGGCAAAAGCAAGUAAAUCUAAAAAGAAGAUUGUUGCAGUUGCUGUGGCUAUAAAUUCACCAGGUGGUUCAGCAGUCUAAAGUGCACUAUCAGGUGAUAAGCUUGAAAAUUUUGCUAGAAGAAAGGAUGUUCCCAUUUAUACUUUUGCAGAAAAUGUAGCGGCAAGUGGAGGCUACUGGAUUUUAUGUUCUGGUAAUCACAUUCAUCUAAAUAAAAUUUUAGGAGAUAAACUUUACACAAAUAGAAGUUCUAUUGUUGGCAGUAUUGGAGUUAUUGUGAUGCUUCCAAAUUUUAGAGGUUUAUUCGACUAAACUAAGAUCAAUAGAUUAACUAUUACUACUAGUGAUAAGUUAAUUGAAAGGAAAUUUGAUACACUAAAUAAGUAGGAAGAAUUUACUGAGGAAGACAAGUAAUUGGUUUUGGAUUUCAUGGAUGAAACCUUCGAUAACUUCAAAGGCCAAGUUUUGAGAAAUAGAAAAGAUAAAAUUAAGCUUGAGGAUUACGAAAAAGUAUUUAAUGCAGAUGUGUUUUUAGGAGAAGAAGCUUUGAAAUAUGGAUUAGUAGAUGAAAUUGGCGACUUAGACACUGUUAUGAAAAAUAAAUACCCUGACGCUUCGAUUGUAAAUUUCUCCAAAGAAAGCCCAAUAGAAUCUUUAAAGAAAAGAUUUUCAAUGGGUACAUCAAUUUCUAAUAUUAAUAUGUAGUCAGCUUUAAAAACUUUACAAAGCUUUAAGAAUGCAUGA